AGCUCGGAACAUGUUAAGUAAAGUGUCUUUUACGUUACGUGCGGCAUUUAACGACUGAGUCAGCUAGAAUUAGUGGUUCAACGCACCAGUACGAGCUGCUGCCAGUCCUUCCACUUGCCCUUGCCAGUCUUGAUGCGGGUACAAAAGAGCAGCAUGUUCAUGAAUCCUCCCAGCUGCUUGCGCAGCUCCUUGCGCAACGCAACGUUAUCUCCACGCGCAAGUGCCUCCACGGCGUCGAGCCGCUCAUUGAUGCUGUCGAUGUUGACAAGAGGGCGAAGGAGCCAUGUGUGGAAGAGCUUCUUGCCCAGUCCCGUGAUGGUGGUGUCAAGAACGCCAGGGCGACAUUCCUUGCUUCCGGUCCUUGGAGUACAUCGACGCGUGGCUUUCAAUGUCGAACACGGCGAGCGACCUGGUUUGAGUAAUGAAAAGCGAUCGUCGUACGUCAGCGCAUCUUGGUUGAUGAGCAUAUACUGCUCGCUGUCGUCAGGAUAUUCCGGUGUUGACGCACAUGUCGAUGCUCUCGAUGGUGUCGAGGCCAAAAUCAAUCUCGUCGUCUUGCGUCUUGGCCAGCAGGUGCUGAACGUGAGAGAUAAGAGCCCCAGCAGCAGAGACCUGAGGUAAGCAGGAGAGGGGGACUACAAUGGCGCAGCAGGAGCGGAGAAGAAAGGAAGGAAGAGACUCACGCCGUUCGGUGCAUCGACGUU